AGACUUUAGAAGAAUGGAAAAAUUUGUAUGAAACAACAAAAAUCUCCAAUCAAAUUAUCAAAAUCAAAACCCCUUAUUGCUCUCAUCAAGAAAACGACCCUCCUAAAACCCUUUUCAUAUCUUUCACUCUCUCUUUCUCUCUCAUGAAAAUUCUUCACUGCCAAACAGUUUCCAUAAGGUUUUGGACAAAGUAGAGAAAAGGGCAUUCGUCUAUGUGUUUUAAUUUUGUUGGGUUGUCUUCUUCUUCUUCCUCCUCAUCUGUUUCAGUGGAGUGAUUAGUAGAAACUGUGGAACGUUUUGAAAGAAAUCCACUGUUUCUGCUUGGUUUUUAAGCCAUCUGAUCAUUUCCCAUUUCCAUAUCUUUUGGAAGUUCGAUUUCCCUUGGCGAUUUCUUCUAUCAAUGGCCAGGAAAUGCUUCUGGUUCUGUUUUCAAUCGCUUCCUGGUUUCUGGGUCGUCUUCUCUGCCAUUGCCUCCUUGACAAUGACAGUACAAGCAUUUACUGGAACUUAUGGAAUAAAUUAUGGAAGAAUUGCUGAUAACAUUCCUUCACCUGAUGAAGUUGUUUUGCUUCUCAAAGCAGCAAAAAUUAAGAAUGUUAGGAUUUAUGAUGCUGAUCAUAAGGUUUUGAAAGCGUUUAGUGGGACAGGGCUUGAAUUGGUAAUUGGUCUUCCAAAUGGCUUCUUGAGAGAAAUGAGUGCGAGCGAGGAACACGCGAUGAACUGGGUCAAAGAAAAUGUCCAAGCAUUCCUUCCUGAUACGCACAUUUGUGGAAUUGCCAUAGGUAAUGAAGUUCUAGGAGGAAGUGACCUUGAGUUGUGGGGAGCACUCUUGGGUGCUGCAAAGAAUAUCUAUAAGGCAGUAAAGAAACUUAACUUAGACGGUGUCGUUCAGAUCACAACCGCACAUUCUCAGGCCGUUUUUUCAAACUCGUUUCCGCCUUCUUCGUGUAUAUUUAGAGAAAAUGUUGUUCAGUAUAUGAAGCCUUUGUUGCAGUUUCUCUCAGAGAUUGGUUCACCUUUCUGUUUAAAUGCUUACCCCUUUCUAGCCUAUAUGAGUGACCCUGAAAAUAUUGAUAUCAAUUAUGCACUUUUUGAAUCAACUAAAGGUAUUUUUGAUCCCAAAACUGGUCUACAUUAUGACAACAUGCUCGAUGCUCAGAUCGACGCUGCGUAUGCAGCAUUGGCAGAUGCUGGAUAUCAGAAAAUGGAAGUCAUAGUUACAGAGACCGGUUGGGCUUCUCAUGGGGAUGAAAAUGAAGCUGCAGCGACUGCAAAUAAUGCUAGGAUAUUUAAUUACAACCUCAGGAAGAGGCUUGCUAAGAAGAAAGGAACUCCCUUCAGGCCAAAGAAUGUAUUGAAGGCAUAUAUUUUUGCAACGUUUAACGAAAAUUUGAAACCAGGGCCGACUUCUGAGAGAAAUUUUGGACUUUUCCAAGCUGAUGGGAGUAUAUCAUAUGACAUUGGAUUUCAUGGACUUAAAGCUCCUUCUUCAGAUUCAUCUUAUUUAUCUCUUAAGAAUUUCCGAGCUCGAGGGCUUUGGGCAAACCAUGUUUUCUCAUUUAUGAUAUCGGCCGUAACACUACUACUAUUGUUGAGAUGAGCAAUGGAAUUAGAAUGUCUGAGAACUUAUUAAGUUAGGAAGGAAAACCUGCAGUAGCUGUUGUGAAGCAAUUUACAUCUUCUGCUGGUUCAUCUCAUACUUUGGUAUAGUUGCUGUUUAUUCUUUUGCCUCUUGCAUUAUGAAACACUCCAUUUCCACCCCCAUUUUCUAUAAAUUGUAUCCCAAUUUUCUACAAGGUUGAGUUUGAGAUGGAGCUAUAAAUGAAAGUGGCAAAAUAAAGCAAAUAUAUGCUUAUGAUUUCCGGAAUUGUGCCUUUCUCA